AUGGAGCCCGAGCUGGAGCACGUACUGCGCAGGACCCCUUCCUGGAGCAGCCUUGGGGUUUCUGAGCAUCAAGAGAUGAGCUUCCUAGAGCAAGAAAACAGCAGCUCAUGGCCAUCACCAGCUGUGACCAGCAGCUCAGAAAGAAUCCGCGGGAAACGGAGGGCCAAUGCCUCGAGAUGGACAAGGCAGAAGGUGGUGGAGGAAGGGGAGCCACCAGGUCAGGGGGAAGGUCCCUGGUCCAGGCCAGCUGCUGAGUCCACCGGGCUGGAGGCCACAUUCCCCAAGGCCACACCCUUGGCUCAAGCUGAUCCUGCCAGGGUGGGCACUCCACCAGCAGGGUGGGACUGCCUCCCCUCUGACUGUACAGCCUCAGCUGCAGGCUCUAGCACAGAUGAUGUGGAGCUGGCCACGGAGUUCCCAGCCACAGAGGCCUGGGAGUGUGAGCUAGAAGGCCUGGUGGAAGAGAGGCCUGCCCCGUGCCUGUCCCCGCAGGCCCCGUUUCCCAAGCUGGGCUGGGAUGACGAACUGCGGAAACCCGGCGCCCAGAUCUACAUGCGCUUCAUGCAGGAGCACACCUGCUACGAUGCCAUGGCAACUAGCUCCAAGCUGGUCAUCUUCGACACCAUGCUGGAGAUCAAGAAGGCCUUCUUUGCUCUGGUGGCCAACGGUGUGCGGGCAGCCCCUCUAUGGGACAGCAAGAAGCAGAGCUUUGUGGGGAUGCUGACCAUCACUGACUUCAUCCUGGUGCUGCAUCGAUACUACAGGUCCCCCCUGGUCCAGAUCUAUGAGAUUGAACAACAUAAGAUUGAGACCUGGAGGGAGAUCUAUCUGCAAGGCUGCUUCAAGCCUCUGGUCUCCAUCUCUCCUAAUGACAGCCUGUUCGACGCUGUCUACACUCUCAUCAAGAACCGGAUCCAUCGCCUGCCUGUUCUGGACCCGGUGUCAGGCAACGUACUCCACAUCCUCACACACAAACGCCUGCUCAAGUUCCUGCAUAUCUUUGGUUCUCUGCUGCCCCGGCCCUCCUUCCUCUACCGCACUAUCCAAGAUUUGGGCAUCGGCACAUUCCGAGACUUGGCUGUGGUGCUGGAGACAGCACCCAUCCUGACUGCACUGGACGUCUUUGUGGACCGGCGUGUGUCUGCACUGCCUGUGGUCAACGAAUGUGGUCAGGUCGUGGGCCUCUAUUCCCGCUUUGAUGUGAUUCACCUGGCUGCCCAGCAAACCUACAACCACCUGGACAUGAGUGUGGGAGAAGCCCUGAGGCAGAGGACACUAUGUCUGGAGGGAGUCCUUUCCUGCCAGCCCCAUGAGAGCUUGGGGGAAGUGAUCGACAGGAUUGCUCGGGAGCAGGUACACAGGCUGGUGCUAGUGGAUGAGACCCAGCAUCUCUUGGGCGUGGUCUCCCUCUCCGACAUCCUUCAGGCACUGGUGCUCAGCCCUGCUGGCAUCGAUGCCCUCGGGGCCUGAGAAGAUCCGAGUCCUCAAUCCCAAG